GACAUAUUGACAAACCAUAAUUUUAUAGCAAAAAUCGUUGAUAACUUCACGCGACAAAAUCUACUUCCUUUUCCACGAAGUUGCUGUACGAAAGAAAUCAUGCCGCUCGCUAAAGAUUUACUUCACCCAUUACCAGCCGAAGAAAAGAAGAAGCACAAACUAAAACGUUUGGUGCAACAUCCAAAGUCCUAUUUCAUGGAUGUCAAGUGCCCCGGCUGCUUUAAGAUCACAACCGUUUUCAGCCAUGCCCAAGGCGUCGUUGUCUGCGCUGGAUGCUCGACAAUUUUGUGUCAACCGACUGGUGGACGUGCAAAACUAACAGAAGGUUCUUCAUUCAGAAAGAAGCCAUACUAAAUCAAUGCUUCGGUUAAGAUGUUUUUAAACUAUCCGUUCCAGAGGGCAUAUCCUUUAAUUUUUGGGAGCUUAAAAUAAGGCGGACAAUAAUGUGAAAAUGUUCAAAUUUGCUUAAAAUUGCAUUGAUUAAAGGUUUGUUCAAUGGA